GACUAUGAAAAGUUUUGGGAUAACUUCGGUAAACAUCUGAAACUGGGAUGCAUCGAGGAUCGCGAGAACCACAAGCGUCUAGCUCCGUUGCUUCGAUUUUUCUCCUCCCAGAGUGAGAACGACAUGAUCAGUUUGGAUGAGUACGUCGAGAACAUGAAAGCUGAACAGAAAGCUAUAUACUACAUUGCUUCCGACAGCGUUACAAGUGCUAAGAAUGCUCCUUUCCUCGAGAAGCUUAUGGAGAAGGAGCUUGAGGUACUGUAUCUGGUAGAACCCAUUGAUGAAGUUGCCAUACAGAGCUUGAAAUCUUACAAGGAUAAGGACUUUAUUGACAUCAGCAAGGAAGACUUAGACCUAGGAGACAAGAACGAGGAGAAAGAGGCGGCUGUGAAAAAGGAGUUUGGGCAGACUUGUGAUUGGAUAAAGAAACGAUUGGGGGAUAAGGUUGCCAGUGUUCAAAUUUCGAGCCGUCUUAGUUCAUCUCCCUGUGUUCUUGUUUCUGGUAAAUUUGGUUGGUCAGCUAACAUGGAGAGGCUAAUGAAGGCACAAGCAGGUGGUGACACAACAAGCCUGGAGUUCAUGAAAGGGAGGAGAGUGUUUGAGAUCAAUCCUGAACACUCGAUUAUCAAGAGCAUAAAUGCUGCUUACAAGAGUAACCCAAACGAUGAAGAUGCGAUGAGAGCCAUAGAUCUUAU